UUUUAAGUUUUUUUUGUAUAUUAGGUUAUUGUAGCCUAUUAAAGUACACUGGAAGUUUAGUUUGAUAUGAGUUGAUUCUCACACAAUGAACGGAGAGGAAAAUGAAACAAGUGCUGUUGUCACGACGACGCCACCACUUAAAAAAUCUCCGACAGCUUCCUUAAAUGGUGACAAUGAAGCGACACAAGAUUUGGUACCAACUGACUUGACAUUUCUUAUCAAAGACAGAGUAAAGAUUAAAGGUACAUCCGAUGAUGCAUGGACACCUCAGCAUGACUCGGUGAUCAAUAACUUCAUCAGCGACAAUAAUAGUAAACUGUUAGUUGCUUAUGUUGACUCAGUGAAUGGAGUUACAGUUGAUACUGUCGUACCAAACAAUCAGAAUGCAGAGGAAUUGGUUUAUUUUAUUAAAACUGGGCGUUUCACAGAACUCACAGAAGCAACAUUCAGUUCAGUAAUUCAGUGGGGAACACUAAGAAGUGGUUACUUGGAAAGUUUGCUUCGCAUAAUGAAUGGCAUAUAUGCUCCACUAUUUUUCAAAAACACAAGCUGGCCAGACAGCAUUAAAAAUGAUUUCAGUGCUCAGCUACACAGGUUUUUGGCAAGCUUAACUGACAUCAAGCAUAAGAUGAAAGGAAAGACUGUGCUCUACAUUCCAAAUGAAGGACUUGACUUAUCAGCUGAAAUUGCGGCAAAAAACAAAGAGCUUGUUCAGAGAUUAGAAACUGCUAUGAUCCAUUGGACGCGUCAGAUUAAGGAAGUAUUGAAUGCACAAGAUGCAUUGGAGACUGCUGAAAGUUCCGGUCCUUUAGAAGAAAUUGAUUUUUGGAACAACAGAUGCAUUGAUCUGUCAGGUUUAAGCUCUCAACUUGACAAACCUGGAGUGAAGAAAAUACAAAGGAUUUUGGAGAAAGCAAAAUCUUCAUAUGUUGGUCCAUUUAAAAAGCUUUCUAAACUAAUUCAAGAUGGUUCUGCUCAAGCACAAAGUAACUUGAGAUUUCUAUCUUUGUUCAAAGGACCUUGUGAAAAACUUGCCACAGCAACACCCAAGGAUGUUCCAAAACUUUUACCUGAGAUUGUAAAGAUCAUCCGAGUUAUUUGGGUCAAUUCGAACCACUACAACACAAGGGAAAGGUUGACUGCUCUCUUCCGUAAGUUAAGCAAUGAAGUUAUUCGUAUUUGUUGUCGGGAAAUUUCCCUGGAUCGAAUAUUUGAUGGAUUUGUUGACAGCAGUUCUCUAGUUCUGACAAACUGUGUGAAUUGUUGUUUGUCAUGGAAGGAAAUCUAUAAAACAAAUGCUGUCAUUCACCACAGAUGUUCAAAGGAUGGUUGGGUGUUGGACCAAAGUUCGAUAUUUGCACAAGUUGAUGCAUUUGUUCAGCGUUGUAAAGAUCUUCUUGAAGUUUGUGAAUGUCAGCAACAUUUUGCCCGUCGUCAAGAUGGAGACAAGACAGCUAUGCCGUGUUUUGCUGGACAACGAGGACCAAGCAUUGCUCGUAGCUUGCUCGAGAUUGAAGGAACGUUUGAGAAACAUCUCCACAUCCUGCGAUCAGUUAAGAAAGGAAUAUUGGAUGUCAAAAAUACUUCUUGGCAUGAUGACUAUAACAGAUUUCGAACCGGAAUUAAAGAUCUGGAGGUGAUGACACAGAAUUUGAUCACAUCGGCAUUUGAAACUGUUAAGACUGUGGAGGAAGGAGUGAUGUUGCUUAAUGUCUUCCAUCAUCUCUCCGCUCGUGAAGCCAUUAAAAGAACAAUUGAUAAACGAACUGUUGAGGUAUAUUCAAUGUUCAAUGAUGAGCUGAACAGUGUAAAGAAGGAAUUAAGUUCAAAAGCCAAUAACAUGAUGGCUCACCAGCCAAAAUAUGCAGGAUCUGCUCAUUGGGCGCGUGCACUUAAGCGUAGAAUUGAUCGGCCAAUGGAGGUAUUAAAGGAAGCUUACUACCUUCCUGAGAUUGGUCAGGGUUUGGAAACACGAACUGCUUACCAACAACUUGCUACAGCUCUCGAUGAAUUUGUAAGGAAAACAUUCAAUGAGUGGACAACCACUGUAGAAGAGAACAGCAUGAAGAAACUGGAAAUCUCACUCAUGAAUAAAGGAGCUGUUACAAAGGAUAUGCUCAAUAUGAACUUUGACAAGAGCUUACUCAAGUUAUUCAAUGAGAUUCAUUAUUGGGAACGUCUGAUGUUUGAAAUUCCUCAUUAUGUAAAUGAAGUUUAUUUAAAACGUGAAGAACUCAGAAGUUUAAGGGAACAUGUUUUGCUUGUUGUCAGAGAUUACAAUCGAAUCAUUAGUGUUCUUUCACCUGCCGAACGCGGCCUGUUUAAAGAAAGAAUUCGAUCUCUUGAUAAAAAGAUCCACCCAGGCUUAAUGAAAUUUACUUGGGCAUCGAAGGGAAUCUCAGAAUUCUUUGUUGGAGAAUGUAGACUUCACUCAAAGAAGGUCCAAACAGUGGUUGAUGAUUACAAACUGGCAAAUGUCCAGAUUGCACAAAGCUGUCGGAAAAUUAGUGAAUUAAUAUUGGUUCACUUGGAUGGAAAACGUAUUUAUCAGGGCCUUGAGUUCCAAGAUGAUCAGUUUCGUCAUCGGAAUAACGUUCAAACACGACUCGAAGAAAUUCACAAAAAUAUUUUACAAACGAUGAAGAAUACGUAUCAAGUGUUUAAAGCUGAUGGACCAGAUGUUCAGCAGCAUUGGGUGAGAUACACAGAGAGAAUGGAUCAACAUGUAGAAGAUGCUUUUAGACUCAAUAUCAAGUCAUCAUUGCUUGAAAUAUCGAAAGCAAUUAACGGAGAUGGAAAAUCAACCCCAAAUCCUCUUUUUAGAGUGAAAGUUGUUCUUCAACCGGGGUCUAACCAAACACCAGUGGUUGAAUUUUCCCCAACACUUCAACAGCUAGCAAACAUUGUGCGUAACGUGAGCACACAACUAACCACAGCUAUUGCAAACUUUCGAAGAUUACCAGAGCAUCUUGCACGGGGGAAGAGAAUGCAUUACGACCAUAAGGAAGCUAUUGCUGUAAUGAUUGAAAAAGAUGAAGAGACAAGAAAAGUUCAAAGAACGAUCCAGGAAGGAAUGUUUGAGAACUCCAAACAUCUUCAAAGUUAUCUCACAACAUGGGAUAAUUAUAAAGAGAUCUGGGAAAUUAACAAAGAUGCUUUCAUCCGAAGAUACCAAAGACUAAAUCCCCCCGUCAUGAGCUUUGAUGCAGACAUUGGAAGAUAUGCUGAAGUGAGCAACAACGUUCAAAAAGAGGAAACUGUUCUUAAUAUUGAAUUUGUUCUCCUUGAUUGUUCACCACUCAAGUUUGCUUUGUUAUCGCAUUGCAAUGAGUGGCAGAAUAAGUUUACAACUUUACUCAAGGACAUGGCUUCACAACGACUUGCUGAACUUACAGAGUUCCUACAAACAAACUCAGAAAAGGUAAGCCAUGUUCCAAAGACACUUGAUGAGUUGGGAGAUGGACUUGGUUUAUGGGAGAAACUACAUGGUGAGUUACAAGGUACUGAACAAAGGAUCCCACCAAUACAUGAACAGUUUGGAAUCCUUGAAAAAUAUGAAGUUGCAAUUGAGGAAGAGACACAAACAAGGUUGGAUGGCCUGGGCAAAGAAUGGAUCGACUUCCAGCAAUGUAUCAUUGAUUCUGAGGUGAUGCUAAAGAAGAACAAAGAGAAGUUUAAGACCGGACUUCUUAGUCAAGCGGAAGAGUUUAGGAAGAGAGUGAAUGGACUUGCUUCCGAUUUUCUUCAACAAGGUCCGUUCAGCAGCCAGUUCACAUCAUCGGAUGCGAUUGACCUAAUUGCCCAGUUCAAGAAGAACCUGGGUGAUCUUAAAUUAGAAGAAGUUUCCUUGCGACGAGGACUUGGUUUGUUUAAAAUUGAACAACAGCCUUCCAAGGAACUGAUUAACCUUGAUAAAGAUCUUGACAAUAUUGACCAGGUUUGGGAUCUGACAAAACAAUGGGAAUCCUUAUGGGAUGAAUGGAAGGUUGGACAGUUUAAGAAUCUUGUAACAACUGAUAUGGAAAUGACGGCUCAAAAUUUAUACAAAAAACUCAAUAAACUCAGCAGAGAACUGAAGGAAAAGGAAUGGGAAAUAGUUGAACAUUCAAAACACAGGAUUGAUCAGUUUAAACGAACAAUGCCUCUUAUUACUGAUCUAAAGAACGAUGCAAUGAGAGAAAGACAUUGGAGUCAAAUUAAAACUGAAGUUCAACGUCCGUUUGAUCAUCUAAGUGAGACGUUUACAUUGGAACGAAUCAUUGAUCUUGGAUUGGAUGCUUUUGCUGAAAAAGUUGCUGAGAUUUCAGGAGCAGCAAGCAAGGAGCUUGCUAUUGAAGAGACACUCGCUGGCAUUGAAAAUAUUUGGAGAGAUGUCACUCUUGAUAUUACCACUUACAAAGAUAAAGGUCAUUUCAAACUGCGUGGAACGGAUGAAAUUUUCCUUCAACUUGAAGAUCACCAGGUGACACUAUCAACAAUGAAGGCGUCGCGCUUUGUGAAAGCUUUCGAGAAAGUUGUUGAUACGUGGGAGCGAGCCUUGUCACUUAUACUUGAGUGUAUAGAGAUGAUACUCACUGUACAACGACAGUGGAUGUACCUUGAGAAUAUUUUCCUCGGUGAGGAUAUUCGUAAACAACUUCCUCGUGAAUCAGCGGAGUUUGACGAUAUUAAUAGUAAGUGGAAGGUGAUCAUGACGAGGUUAAACAAAGAUAACAACGCCAAGAGAGGAACACACCAUCCAGGUUUACUUGAGGUCCUCAAUGACAUGAACACCAAACUUGAAGAGAUUCAGAAAUCCCUUGAUAUGUACCUUGAGACAAAGAGACAAAUAUUUCCGCGAUUUUAUUUCCUUUCAAACGACGAUUUGCUUGAAAUUCUUGGCCAAUCUAGGAAUCCAGAAGCUGUUCAACCUCACUUGAAGAAAUGUUUUGAUAACAUCAAGUCACUGUUGAUGAAGAAGGUUGGGCACGGGAAUAAGAUGGAGGCAUCGGGGAUGUAUUCGUGUGAAGGAGAAUAUGUCGAAUUCGGGAAUCCAGUUAUUUUAGAAGGUCCAGUGGAGGCAUGGUUGUGCGAUGUUGAACAAACCAUGAGGUGGACAUUGAAGGAGGUUCUUAAACAAACAAGGCUUUCUUUGAAGAAGAUGAUCAGUAAGAGAGAUAAAUGGAUCAAAGAGUGGCCGGGACAGCCUGUGAUCACAGCAAGUCAAAUUCAAUGGACAGCUGAUUGUAUUAAAGCUUUAAUUACAUGUAAAGAGAGGGGAGACAAGAAAGCUCUUAAGAGUGUGAAAAAGAAACAGGUCUCUAUGUUGAACAAAUACUCUGAAGCCGUCAGAGGAAAUUUGAACAAAAACCAACGAUUGAAAGUUGUUGCUUUGGUAACCAUAGAGGUUCACGCUCGUGAUGUCAUCGAUAAGUUGAUAAAAACUGGAACUAAUGACGUCACUGCGUUUGAAUGGUUGCAACAACUUCGUGUGUAUUGGGACAAGGAUAUAGAUGAUUGUGUUGUAAGACAAACCAACACCCAGUUUCAAUACGGUUACGAAUAUCUCGGUAACUCUGGUCGACUCGUAAUUACUCCACUCACUGAUCGAUGUUACGUCACCUUAACCACUGCAUUACAUUUGCACAGAGGUGGAAGCCCUAAAGGCCCUGCAGGUACAGGGAAAACUGAGACAGUUAAAGAUUUGGGAAAAGCGCUUGGAAUGUAUGUCAUUGUGGUUAAUUGCUCUGAAGGUUUGGACUACAAGAGCAUGGGGAGAAUGUACAGUGGUCUUGCACAGACAGGAGCAUGGGGUUGUUUUGAUGAGUUCAACAGAAUCAACAUUGAAGUAUUGUCAGUUGUUGCGCAACAAAUUCUAUCAAUAUUGUCAGCUUUAUCAACCGGACAAUCACGGUUUGUGUUUGAAGGAAGAGAAAUUAACUUGAUUUGGUCGUGCGGCAUUUUCAUUACAAUGAACCCAGGAUAUGCUGGUCGUACUGAGUUACCAGACAACUUGAAAUCCAUGUUCCGACCAAUAGCCAUGGUGGUGCCCGACUCAAAUCUCAUUUCAGAAAUCAUCUUGUUUGGUGAAGGAUUUGGAAACUGCAGGCCACUUGCAAAGAAAGUCUACACCUUGUAUUCGCUUGCAAUUCAACAACUAUCAAAGCAAGAUCACUAUGAUUUCGGACUUCGUGCUCUUGUGUCAGUCCUGCGAUAUGCUGGGAGGAAGAAGAGAGCAAAUCCGGAUAUGUCCGAUGAGGAGAUUCUACUUCUUGCCAUGAAAGAUAUGAACAACGCAAAACUGACGGCCGUCGAUCUUCCAUUGUUUAACGGCAUUGUGGGAGAUUUAUUCCCUGGUGUGGAAGCACCCACCUUUGAUUACGGCAAGCUAAUUGAAACUAUCAACAAAGUGAUCUUAGAGCACAAACUACAGAAAGAUCCUCAUAUUAUAAGUAAAGUGAUUCAACUUUUUGAGACGAAAAACUCACGUCACUCCGUCAUGAUCGUUGGCCAAUCAGGGGCCGGUAAAUCGGUCACAUGGCGAAUGCUACAAGCUGCUUUAACGAGAAUGAAAAAGAAUGGAGCUGCUGGAUUUACUCUCGUCAAGGAUUUUCCAAUCAACCCAAAAGCAUUAUCACUGGGCGAGCUGUAUGGAGAAUUUGACCUCAGUACCAAUGAAUGGACGGAUGGUGUUUUAUCGAGUGUUAUGCGCCACACGUGCGCUGAUGAGAAGCCCGACCAAAAGUGGUUGGUGUUUGAUGGGCCAGUGGACACAUUGUGGAUUGAAAGCAUGAACUCAGUCAUGGACGAUAACAAAGUCUUGACGUUGAUCAACGGAGAGAGAGUGAGCAUGCCUGAUCAGGUGUCUCUUCUAUUUGAAGUUGGUGAUUUAUCAGUUGCAUCACCAGCCACUGUUAGUAGAUGUGGUAUGGUCUACUUUGAUUAUGUUGAUCUUGGAUACAAACCAUUUAUUGCGUCGUGGCUACAACAAAAAUCCAAGGAUAUUGUUCCAAUCUUGCAAGAAUUAAUUGUCAAGUAUAUAGAUAAAGUACUUGAGUUUAAGAAACACAAUUGUAAAGAACCUGUUCCACUACCUGAGCUGAAUGGAAUAAGAUCUCUAUGUAACUUGUUUGACACACUUGCAACUGCGGAAAAUGGUGUAAAUCCUGGUGAUAGUGAGAACUUCCCGAGAAUGGUGGAACUUUGGUUCCUCUUCUCCCUCAUCUGGACUGUGGGAGCAGCUGUGGAUGAAGAUGGAAGGAGGAAAGUUGAUAAUUAUCUUCGGGAGAUUGAUGGAAGUUUUCCUAACAAGGACACGGUGUAUGAAUAUUAUGUGGAUCCAAAAUCAAGAACAUGGGUGAACUUUGAAGAAAAACUUCAAAAAGGAUGGAGAUAUCCACCUAAUGCUCCAUUCUAUCGCAUCAUGGUUCCCACUGUUGACACGGUUCGUUACGAUUUUCUCGUCACCUCCCUUAUAAUGAAAGGAUUCCCUGUGCUACUGGUUGGUCCUGUGGGUACAGGGAAAACAUCCACAGCUCAGAAUGUUUUGUCUAAAUUGGAUGCAACAAAAUACAUCACUCUCACCAUAAAUAUGUCGUCACAGACAACUUCAAACAACGUACAGGAAAUUAUUGAGAGUCGAGUAGAGAAGAGAACCAAGGGAGUUUACGUUCCAGUGGGGAGUAAAAAGAUGAUCACUUUCAUGGAUGACUUUAACAUGCCAGCUAAAGACACGUUUGGUAGUCAACCCCCGCUUGAGUUAAUCAGGCAAUGGAUUGAUUAUAGUUUCUGGUACGACAGACAGAAGCAAAUCACAAAACAUAUCAAGGAUAUGUACUUGCUCUGUGAUAUGGGACCACCGGGUGGAGGUAGACAAGUUAUUUCACAACGACUUCAAACCAGAUUCAACUUGAUCAACAUGACUUUUCCAAGUGAGACACAAAUCAAGAGAAUCUUUGGCACGAUGAUCAACCAGAAGUUGCAAGAUUUUGAGGAAGAUGUGAAACCCGUUGGUGACAUCAUCACGCAAGCAACCAUCGAUGUUUAUCGAUUAGUUGUUGAAAAAUUCCUUCCAACACCAGCCAAGAUUCACUAUCUUUUUAAUUUAAGAGACAUUUCCAAGGUGUUCCAAGGUCUGCUGCGUGCACACAAAGAUUUCCAUGAUACAAAACAUAGCAUGACAAGGUUGUGGAUUCAUGAAUGUUUCAGAGUUUUCUCUGAUCGCUUGGUUGAUGCAAAAGACACAGAAAACUUUAUUGGAAUGCUUAGUGACAGACUCGGAGCUUUGUUUGAUCAAACUUAUCAUAACUUGUGUCCAAACAAACAGCCUCCUGUGUUUGGUGACUUCCUAAACACAAAUGAGGUUUAUGAAGAUCUUGUUGAGUUUGUUCUAGUGAAGAAGUAUAUGGAAGAUCAGAUGGAAGAUUACAACAUGACACCGGGUGUGGUGCCCAUGGAUCUUGUGUUGUUCAAGGAUGCAAUAGAACACGUUGCUCGUAUAAUCCGUGUGAUUCGUCAACCUCGUGGAAAUAUUCUCUUGAUCGGAAUAGGAGGUUCAGGGAGACAAAGCUUAGCGAGAUUAGCAGCUUAUAUUUGUGAAUACAGCACUUUCCAAAUUGAAGUGUCGCGAAAUUACAGAAGCCAAGAGUUUAGAGAUGAUCUGAAGAGAUUGUAUUAUCAAGCUGGUGUUGAAAACAAGCCAACAGUUUUUCUCUUCAACGACACGCAAGUGGUCGAAGAAAUUUUCCUCGAGGAUAUUAACAACAUUCUCAGUAGCGGGGAAGUCCCUAAUUUAUACAAGCCGGAUGAAUUUGAAGAAGUGAGGAAUGAGUUGGAGGCGGAUGCAAAGAAGGAAGCCAUCGCUGAAACUCCAGAUGCGAUGUUCCGCUUCCUCAUCGAUCGAGUGAGGAACAAUCUUCACGUCGCACUUUGUAUGAGUCCUGUAGGAGAACUUUUCAGAAAUCGUAUUCGGCAGUAUCCUGCUUUUGUGAAUUGCACAACAAUUGAUUUAUUCACUGAAUGGCCACAUGACGCUUUAUUGGAAGUCGCUGAGAAAUAUCUGGAAGGUCUUGAUCUUGGUUCAAGUGAAGAUAUAAACAAGAAUGUCGCUCAAAUCUUCGUGACAAUGCAUCGCUCUGUUGUCACUUAUUCCGAAAAACUUCUGUUUGAGUUAAAACGUCAUAACUAUGUUACUCCUACCAAUUAUUUGGAACUUGUAUCUGGAUACAAAGGUUUGCUAUUCGAAAAACGCAAAGAACUUGGUGACCAGGUAACGAAACUGAGGAACGGUUUGUUCAAAAUUGACGAUACAAGAGCUAAAGUUGAAGCAAUGUCUAUUGAUCUUGAACAAGCAAAAACUAAAGUUGCUCAGUUUCAAAAAGAAUGUGAAGAAUAUUUGGUGGUGAUCGUGCAGCAGAAGAGGGAAGCUGAUGAACAACAGAAGUCAGUUGCUGCGUAUGGUGAACGUAUACAAGCUGAGGAAGUUAAAUGUAAAACAAUGGCUGAUAAUGCACAGCGGGAUUUGGAUGAAGCAAUCCCUGCUUUAGAAGAAGCAACUAAGGCGUUAGAAGCACUGAAUAAGAAGGACAUAACAGAAAUUAAGUCGUAUGGACGACCACCAGCUUUGGUUGAGAUGGUGUUGCAAGCUGUCAUGAUAUUGAGGGGAAGUGAACCAACUUGGGCUGAAGCUAAACGACAACUUGGCGAUCAGAAUUUCAUUAAACAACUUGUCAGCUUUGAUAAAGAGAACAUGUCGGAUCGAGUUUUAAAAAAGAUCGGACAACAAUAUGUUGCACAUUCGGAGUUUCAUCCUGACAAUGUGGGUCGUGUAUCAGUUGCUGCCCAGUCACUAUGUUUAUGGGUUCGUGCCAUGGAACUGUUCGGAAGGAUUUACAGAGUGGUGGAGCCAAAGAGACAAAGAUUGGAUGCAGCGUUGGAACAACUUAAAGAGAAACAAGCUUCGUUGGCCGAAGCGAAAAGGAAACUUGAGGAAGUUACAGAGAAAAUGGAGAACCUUAAAAAGCAGUAUGAGAAAAAAUCAGCGGAGAAAGAAGAGUUGAAAAGAAAAGCUGAAGAAACUGAGUUGAAGCUGACAAGAGCUGGCAAACUGGUGGCUGGUUUGGCUGGUGAGAAGAUUAGAUGGGAAGCAACAGCUGAGAACUUGGAAGAAUCAAUGGGAUAUCUGGUUGGUGAUUGUCUUGUUGCUUCUGCUUUCCUAUCAUACAUGGGACCUUUCCUUUCAAACUACAGAGAUGAAAUGGUUGACAAAAUCUGGCUCAAACAGGUUCAUGACUUACAUGUUCCAUGCUCCCCUAACUUUACAUUCGCUGAGUUUCUAUCAAAACCAACACAAACAAGGGAGUGGAAUUUACAAGGAUUACCUUCCGAUGCUUUCUCAACUGAAAAUGGUGUUAUUGUUACUAGGGGCAACCGUUGGCCACUAAUGGUUGAUCCACAAGGACAAGCAAUUAAAUGGAUCAAGAACAUGGAAGGUCGACGUGGUUUGAAACUUAUUGAUCUACAACAACAUGAUUAUCUUCGUACACUGGAAAACUCAAUUCAAUUUGGAUCACCAGUUCUUCUGCAGAACGUACAAGAGGAACUUGAUCCCUCACUUGCUCCAAUAUUAAACAAAGCAAUCACUAAAGUUGGCGGUCGUAUGUUGAUCAAGCUUGGUGACAAAGAGGUCGAAUACAACACUGACUUCAAGUUCUAUAUCACAACUAAGUUAUCCAAUCCUCACUACGCACCUGAGAUAUCAACUAAGACAAGCAUCGUUAACUUUGCGGUGAAGGAACAAGGUUUAGAGGCUCAGUUGCUUGGUACUGUCGUGCGGAAAGAAAGACCCGAGCUGGAGGAACAGAAAGAUAGUCUGGUCAUUAACAUUGCUUCUGGGAAGAACAAACUCCAAGAGCUGGAAGAUGAGAUCCUCCGUCUCCUCAAUGAAGCUCAAGGAUCACUCCUGGAUGAUGAGCAACUUGUCAACACUCUUCAUUCUUCCAAGACAAUAUCAGCUGAGGUGUCGGAACAACUUCAAGUCUCCGAGCAGACAGAAAAGAAGAUUGAUGCUGCAAGAGAAGGUUACAGACCAUGUGCACAACGAGCUUCUAUUCUGUUCUUUGUAUUAAACGACAUGGGAAGAAUUGAUCCGAUGUAUCAGUUCUCGCUCGACUCUUUCAUUGAUCUCUUCAAUCAAUCGAUUGAUAAAAGUCAAAAGAGUCCAAAACUUGAAAACAGAAUAAAUAACUUGAAUGAAUACCACACAUAUGCUGUAUACAGAUACACGUGUCGUGGAUUGUUUGAAAUGCACAAGAUGCUCUUCAGUUUCCAGAUGUGCGCAAAGAUCCUCGAAUCUGCAUCCAAGAUCAACAUGGAUGAAUACAACUUCUUCUUACGUGGAGGAGUGGUGUUAGAUAGAGAGGGUCAGAUGGACAACCCAUGUCCCAAUUGGCUUGCUGAUUCAUGCUGGGAUAAUAUCACCGAACUUGACAAGCUUACCAACUUCCAUGGUAUAAUGACAUCAUUUGAGCAAUAUCCACGAGAUUGGCACGUUUGGUUUACAAGUCCUGAACCUGAGAAUGCUCCUUUACCAGGGGAAUGGGAGAACUCGUGUAAUGAAUUGCAACGCAUGGUGAUCGUUCGUUCUUUACGUUCUGAUCGCGUUUCAUUCUGUGCCACAAGUUUUAUUGUGAAUAAUCUCGGCGCAAAGUUUGUUGAACCUCCUGUGCUUGAUAUGAAGCAAGUGGUGGAUGAUAGUACAACCAGAUCUCCUCUUAUAUUUGUUCUUUCACCCGGUGUGGAUCCAACCAGUGGAUUACUUCAACUUGCUGAGCAAUGUUCGAUGGCUCAUAGAUUCCACGCUUUGUCUCUUGGUCAAGGUCAAGCUCCAAUUGCAACAAGAAUGAUCAAGGAAGGCGUCAAAGAAGGAAACUGGGUGUUCUUGGCUAACUGCCACUUGUCACUUAGUUGGAUGCCACAGCUUGAUAAACUGGUGGAACAACUACAGGUUGAAGAGCCUCACAGUGACUUUAGGUUGUGGUUAAGUUCGUCUCCUCAUCCAGACUUUCCAAUCUCCAUUCUUCAAGUUGGGAUUAAAAUGACAACAGAACCACCCAAGGGUUUGAAAGCAAAUAUGAAACGUUUGUAUCAACUUAUCACUGAGCCUCAGUUUGCGCGAUGCACCAAACCAAGCAAAUAUAAAAAACUUCUUUUUGCUCUUUGCUUCUUCCAUUCACUUCUUAUUGAACGAAAGAAGUUUUUAAUGCUUGGGUGGAAUAUUGUUUAUGGCUUUAACGAUUCAGACUUCGAGGUAUCGGAAAACCUACUUUCAAUAUAUCUGGAUGAAUAUGAGGAAACGCCAUGGGAUGCACUGAAGUAUUUGAUCGCUGGUGUUAAUUACGGAGGUCACAUCACUGAUGAUUGGGACAGGAGAUUACUUCAUAGUUACAUCAACACAACAUUCAACAACGAAUCUAUAUCAACUGCGUUUUACAAAUUAUCCACCAUGGAUACUUACUAUAUUCCAAAAGAUGGAGGAUUAGGAACAUACAAGGAAUACAUCAGCAUGCUUCCCAAUGUUGAUAACCCUGAAGCAUUUGGUCAACACCCCAACGCAGAUAUUGCUUCACAAAUCACUGAGGCACGAACACUGUUUGAAACAUUGCUUUCACUUCAACCAAAAGUUGCUACGACGACAGGUGUUAGUCAGGAAGACAAGGUGCUUGAUCUGGCUGCAAAUGUGUUGAAGACAAUUCCAGAAGUAAUUGAUUAUGAAGGAACAGCAAAGAUUUUAUCGGACGAUCCAAAUCCUUUAAAUGUUGUAUUAUUGCAGGAAAUUGAAAGGUACAACAGUUUGCUUGUAAUCAUGAGACAAUCACUUAUUGAUUUGGAGAAAGGAAUCCAGGGUUUGGUGCUGAUGUCUUCAGACCUUGAGGAAACUUUCCAGUGUAUAUUUGAAGGCAGGGUACCUUCCAUGUGGGAAAAGACUUUCCCAUCAAUGAAACCACUUGGAGCAUGGACAAGAGAUUUAGUUGCCAGAGUUGAGUUAUUCGCAAAAUGGGCGGAAACAGCUCAUCCUCCAACAAUAUUCUGGAUGUCAGCGUUUACGUUUCCUACAGGAUUCCUCACAGCAGUGUUACAAACAUCUGCUCGUGCAAAUGCUGUUUCUGUUGAUUCCUUAUCAUGGGAGUUUGUUGUUUCCACUGUUGAUGACAAUCACAUUACUUCACCACCAAGAGAUGGAGUUUGGGUGAAGGGACUUUUCCUUGAAGGAGCAGGUUGGGACAAGAAGAAUUCAUGUUUGGUUGAAGCCAAUCCCAUGCAACUAACAUGUGCUAUUCCAACCAUCCAUUUCAAACCAAGCGAAGCCAAGAAAAAAUCUGGGAAAGGAAUAUACAGUUGUCCGUGUUAUUACUUCCCUAACCGCGCUGGAUCUUCUGGUAGAAGUUCGUUUAUUGUGGCUGUUGAUUUGAAAGCUGGUUCAUCCAGUUCUGAUCAUUGGGUGAAACGAGGGACGGCACUUCUUAUGUCACUGGACCACUAACUUCAAUGUUUUAGUUUGUUUCAUAUAAGUUUGAGAUUGCAUUACUACAUUCCACUGUUGUUUAUAUUUUGUGCAGAGAAAUUUAUUAAAGUUUUUUUUUGUUGUGAAUACAAUUUUUAUACAAACAAAGACACACCGCAGUACUAUAUGUAUGUGUUACAUUAGAUACAAACAUACUCGGCAAACUCUGCUUCAAGACAGAGCAUUUCUUUCCCAGUUUUAUCGCAUCCCAACUAUUUAGGAAACUUAGGGCAUAGUCAAUCUGGUGUACGCUUAGGAGUUAUUACGUAUGUGAUUGGAUUUUAGGUUUGUUUGUUUUUCUGUAAGUCAGACAAAUGGAAAAACUUCAUUACGAAAAUUCAGGAACAGAAAGUUAAUACUAUAUUCUGAAAGUUAAACGAACUUAAUUUAUUUAUUUGCAUUUUAUUAGUAUUUUUGGCGGGAACUUUAACCAAUUACUAUUUCAGAUGAUCUGUAGGAUUGAAUAAGGGAGAAAAUUGUAAUAAAGAUA